AUGUUAGUACCAAAAAAGGAAAGAAUGAGCCGACGAAAAAGUGAUCCUGGCACAUUGGCGACUCGAGGAAAUUCUGACAAAAUUGCAACUUGUGAACUUCCAUGGGGUGGAACUCGAAUGGUAGCCUUGGGUCCGCUCGAUUUGACGCAAACCAGCGGAAGCUUCGUCGGGCAGUCAGUGCUGUUGGAUCUCUUCAAUAUAUUUGAAAGAAAAUUGCAUUCUGUUGUAACUGAUGAACCGUUGGAAAAAUUAUUAAACAAAACUCUUCAACGUGGUGGCGAUCCCUAUUUCGAUAAUCUUUGUCAAACAUUAUACGGUGUAUCGGAAGCAUGCUUGCCAACAGUUUUAAAAAUUUUACUUUCAUGGCAUGAAAAAUAUGUUGAAAACUUAAGCGCUCAGAUUAAUACACAGACUUCAAAUUCUGAAAGUCGUCAGAAAUUAACAAAGAAGCUUCUCGCAGUUAACUAUCUGUUCUGUCUGGUUCUUAUUGAAAUUCUUCCUCAAGUUGAAUUUCAUAUGGCUCAGUGUGAUUCACAAAUUCGCAAAAUAUUGGAUAUUUGUUUCAAAAAUGUGCAAUACCGUGACCCAACAACGUUGGCCGUGAACAACACUAAUCAUUUAGUAGUUGCGGAAACUUAUGGUGAAGUCAUUGGUGUGCUAUCGAUGACGUAUUUUUCAAAUAUUCAUAGAAUAUUUAUGACAUAUAUAAAUGAACUAAAAAAGGAAACUUCACAAGUGGCUUCACAUCAAAUAAUAGCGUUGAUAAUGGCUAUGAAGUUUGUAAAAAUUAAGACGAAUCAAGUUCACGACUUUGAAGUUGGUGUGAAGUUCCUAGACGAUCUUGCGAGCUUGAUGCUUGAAGCAAAGGAUAAGGAUGUAAAACAUGCUAUUAUGGGCCUUCUUGUAGAAAUUCUGUUGCCAGUGGCAGCCCAAAUUAAGAGAGAAACUAACAUUCCGGCAUUAAUAUCCCUUGUACAGAAACUAUAUACAACAACAAAUGAUAUGACUUCAAGAAAACAGCACAAAUUGGCCGCUUUUCCUCUUCAAACGUGUUUACUUUGUGUCAGCCAAAAACAUUUUUUCUUAGCGAAUUGGGUUCCUUUUCUCAACGUUUGUCUCUCACAUUUGAAAAAUCGUGAUUUGCAAGUAGCUAGAGUUGCACUCGAAAGCCUUUACAGACUGUUAUGGGUGUAUAUGAUUCGAAAUAAUUGUGAUGGAAAUGCUGCAACUCGCUCAAGACUUGAGUCAAUCUGUGGCAGCUUAUUUCCAAAAGGAAACAGAUAUAUCGUUCCGCGAGAUGCACCUUUAAACAUUUUCGUCAAAAUAAUACACUUCAUUUCGAAUCAAAAGCUGGAUUUCGCGUUUAAAGAAAUCAUUUUUGAUUUGCUGUGUGUAAAUAGAAGUCAACGAUCACUUUAUGCUGAACGUAUGAACGUUGGUAUUCGGGCUUUGAUGGUUAUUGCCGACGGCCUACAACAGAAAGAUGACCCUCCUGCGAUGCCAAAAGCCAUGGGACCAUCUGCUAGCGGAACAGUGCACAAAAUUCGAAAGAAGCAGUAUAUCACCAAGCCUCUGACACUGGAAAUAUCAAGGUCAAUCGGAAUUGACCAGUUUUAUCCACAGUGUAGAAAAGCCUUCGACGGUAUUUUAAGAACACUAGACACACAAAUUGGAAAGCCAUUGAUGCUUCCGACAGUUCAAAAUCGCGGAAAAGAACCGGAUGAGCUUAUCAGUGGUGACGCAAAGCCAAAACUUGACUUGUUUCGCACAUGCAUCGCAGCAAUUCCGCGACUUUUACCCGAGCCGAUGACUCAUAUUGAACUUGUGGAUAUUCUAACAAGGCUGACAGUGCACAUCGAUGAAGAGCUACGAAAUAUGUCUGGUUUGACUCUACAGACAAUAAUUGGAGAAUUUCCGGAAUGGAGAGAACAGAUUUUCAUCGCACAAAUUUCUUUAAUUCAAUCUCAAAUUUCGGAUUUUUAUCCCCAAGUCCUGGAUGACUCGCUCAGACUACUUCUUCAACUUUUGACGACCUGGAAAAUAGCUGUGAUCACGGAAAAAAGACAGGAGUCUCAGAAAACUGACACAACGAGUCCAACUACUACUCAUGGACAGUCGACGAGUUCGCCAAACACGAUUUCCUCUGGAUCAUCUCCUCAUCAGCCAUCAGCUUCAUUGUGCUCGUUACCGGAAUCGUCAUCUCUUCAUUCGAUACCCAUGACGGCAUCAGUGACUACUACCCCAACUCAUUCUCAUGGAGCCGCUUCUAUGUCGUCAUCAACUCCUGGUGGCGUUCAGAGCGUUUUGCAUGCAAUCGAAGGGUUGACCAUUGUUUAUUUGUGUCAAACGAGAUCUACUCCGCGGAAAAUUGCAAUUCAACUCAUGAGAGAAGUAAAAAUACUAAUUGAUAUACUCGGAAUUGAAAAUACGGACACCCCUCUGAUUACGGUUCUGGAUCAAGCAACUCCUUAUGUUGUUAAAAAAUAUAUUGAACAUGUUCCUCUGAAAGAAAGAAUGGCUUGGAGCAUGGACUUUGCGUCAGUUUGCGAUAAAAUUUCAAUGAUUGAGACUGAUAAUAACUUGGUAAAUAGCGAUCGUGGAAAUGAGUAUCUUCAAUGGGAUCCGUGGGGAUGUGCUUUGAGCGGUUAUGCCGAAAUGAAACAUAUUUUGGCGCGGUGUCCAACAGCAGUGGCUUCAGCGUGGCCAACAUUAUUUUCGCGCCUGAAUGCAGUCUCAGGAUAUGUUGAUCCUAACAAUCCACAAAACGAGAGCAGAUCUUCUCUUUUGCGGGGUUCGAAAAGUAAAGGAUCGUCCUUAAUUUGUGGAGAACAGCUUGGCCAUGAGGCAUGUUUGGCACUUUGGCAGAAAUAUUUAAUUAUGUGCUGUGCGCUUGCUCCGGCUCCGUACAAUUUGGCUCAGAGGAGUUUCAGUCCAACAAAUUCUUUUGACGGUCCUACUGACGUCUUGCGAUCCGUAUCGGCAUCACUCCGAUCUUCUCGAAAUCCUGUUCCAAACUCGCUGUCGCAGUUGAUUGCAAAGACUUGCACGAUAUUGCGAUGGGAAAACAUGACUGACAUUCGUGAUAGUGUUGUUCUUGGAGUUGGUUCUAUUAACCCUUUAGUCUUCGAAAUGCUCCUUGAAGAACUCAAAAAUUGUGGAAUUCUUCGAGAAGCGAUGGAGAAAAAAGUGGAGACAAAUAUUCGAAGAAGAAAACGGAAAGAUUUGCUGCGACUUCAAGUUAUUCGUGUGUUAGAAAUUGCUGUUUUUCGAGGACUUUUAAUGACUGUGUCACCGUCUAACAAUGAUUAUACGCUCAACAUUCACAUUAUCGAUUUCAUCGAUUCAAUGAGAAUCAAUUUGGAAAGUGAUAAUGACCGGGAUGUCAAUGUCGUCACUAAGCUUCGUCUUCAUUUCGCUAAAUUAAUUCAUCUUAUAAUUGAUUCGACGCCUCAUGUUGCUAGACAUACGCUAUUCUCCGAAGAUCGUCGGCAAAGUCUAUUUUAUCUUUUUAUCAACUGGUGUUCGAAAGCAAUUGCAGCAGACCGAAAGUUUAGAGAUCGAGAUUUUGGUUCAUAUGUUGAGCAGAAGUCGGUUUUGGCAAUGACGAGAGUUCUUUGUUGUGGUCCUAUUUUUGAUGCUUCUAAAACAAUUGGUGAAGAUGGAAAUUUAUAUGGAUGGCUUGAGAAACUUAUUGUUUCAACGAAUCCGACGAUGCAAUCAGAAGUGGAGGAAAUGCUUGCGUGGAUGCUUGAAUUAAACGAAUCGUCAAAUCUUUUGGAUUGGCUUAUGACCCAAUGCUAUACCCAAUCUUCUCAUGUUGCAUGCCGUUGCUUCAGAGCGCUCGUACGCGUUUUCUCUCGACGAGAUAUUCCUUGUGAAUUCGUAUCACUUUUUGUUCUGUGUCAAUCAAUGCUAUCAGUUACAACUGUUACUGAUUGUGCCCUGCAUAUGAUCGAAAUAUUGAGAAAACAAUUUCUGGAUGGUCUUCAAUUUCAAUCAACGUCACCUGCACAACAGCAUAUGCCCACUGUUCAGAUGCGGAAAGAUGUGACUACGGAACCGUAUUGUGGUGGUCACAUGCUCCCUAUUGAGCAGCAUGAUGUAUGCCACAGGUUGGCCAAUACAUAUCCUCAUUGGACUGUAACAAUUUUCAGCGAGGUAUCAUAUCGACUAGAAGACCCGAAAUGUUCAAACAAGGCGCAUUUGCUGUCUCUUUUGCAACCAUGGAUAGCCAACUUGGAACUGGUUGAUCAAAAUGUCGUCGAAGAAGCUGCAGAGGGUCCACGAGGCUGGGGUUCUGAAGAAGCAACUCAAUUAGUGCUUAACAAUUUGCUGUAUUUGACAGCUACGUUAUCUUCCGAUUUUGAGAAGGAACUAAGCGAUGUCUGGAUGUCUUUGGCAAUAUCUUUUCCCGCAAAUCUGCCGGCGAUUUUGAACUUUUUCUACACAACAACAUUGCUUUCUCAUGAAGCACUUCUACCAGUAACCAAAAGGAUAUGCGUUAUGAUCUCGCAAGUCGUUGGAACUCGAAUUUCGUCGAUUUUGCUGGAAUGGCUCUCCACGUCACAUGAUACGAAUCGUAUUUCUCUUGAAAGAUGUGAAAUUCCACCGUACUACCGAUGGCGGGACGAAUCUAUAGAACGCAAGGAUUGUACCAAUACUGAUAACAGAGAAGUGAACGUUGAGAGGGAAGAACCGAGCCGUGAUGGUGUUCGACUGUUACCGAUGCCUGCAUACGGAGGACACUACUCGCCGCUGAGCAAUUUUCUGCCUCCUAUUUCUCAGCCAGUGCAGAUUUAUUCGAAGAGUGAAGUUGGGUUGCUUCUGAUUUGCGACAUAAUUCGCACUAAAUGUUCUGUUCAAUGGGCGGAAUAUGCAGCAUUGCUUUUCCAUUCAUCAAUACUUCGAUUGGAUUCACUUCGACCAGCAUUAUGCCGACAUGCUCGUCAAACAAUUAUUAAUGUGAUAAUGAGAUUCGUCGACAAAGGCUACGUCUCUUUAGCUUCGGCUAUUCUUCUGAAAAACGAAAUGAUUUACGGCACUGAAACGAACGAAGUCAUUGGAGAAAUUGCCGUCGGUGUUUGUCGCGGUGAAUCGCCUUCAUUUGCUCGGGCAACUGCAGAUGAAUACCGAAAGAUGUUGUCAGCGCCUUCUUUGCUCGCUUCAAUGUCUGAUCUUCUCUCUGCGGUUUUGUUUUGCUUAAGUGAAAAUAUGGACACACCUUUGUGGGCGAAUGAGGACACUGCUCCUAAAAACUGGCGAGUCGCUAGCGCCACUCAACUUUUGUACACGGUACAAAUGAUCGUGAGGCUCAUGUUUUCAAGAAUGCCGAUGCUUGACGUAAUUUGGACACAGCUAGCCAUGAAAAUGGCGUUAUCGUCAUCCAAUAGACACAUUGCAGGACGUUGUUUUCAAAUUGUUUCUGCUUUGGGCCAACCUCCUGGACCAUGGAUUCCAUCGUUGAUGUCAAGACUUGUCGAAACAGCCGAUGCUCGACUUUCACUUCUGGUUUCGGAUCAAGAAGCACUUUCUCCUACUUCUCCAGAAGGUCUAGUGCGAAGUAAAAGUGCUGAACAGUUGCAGAGUGAUAUUGAAGCUGGAGAAGAAAUUAUUGCAAGGAUGCAAAUAUGCUCUAUUGCAAUUUCCAUAAUGGAAAGUAGCAUUGAUAAUGAGUUUCUAUUAGCUUUACAACUUCUGAACAAGUCGCUCGAUCUUCCGACCACCAAAAAGUUACAAUGUCUAGCAAAAGUUGAUAAGCUGGUUGCACAGUUGGAAUGGAAAAAUUUUAAUGGAAUUAUAGCACUUGUUACAAAAGGUGCCAUCAUUCCUGGUGCGUAUGAAGCAUCCAUCCAGGCAAUGGUCAAGUUAUGCGAUGUAUUAACAGAAGAAAUUGUUGGAGGCACUGGUGGAAUUGCUCUGUUUGUCAGCCACACUCUUCCUUAUUUGAUGCUCAAUUUUGAUCAACCAAACUCGUUAUGCAUCGAAGUUGCACAUGCUAUUUCAUUGUUUUGCGAUGAGAUUAUCAAAACUCAACAACCUAACGCUCCUUCAGAUCAUCCAUUUAUUCAUCUCUCAACGGUUAUGAAACAAUACGCUGUGAAAUCUUUUACGAAAGAUUCUCAACAAUUUAUGAAGUGUGUGCUUCAAUAUAUUUGUGACGGAUGCAUUUCAUUGAACGCUGAUUCAAUUCUAUGCCUUCUUUCCGAAAUGCUUGAGCGUGGAUGGCCGUCAUUGUGCGGCUUUGUUCUCCAUAUGAUUUAUCUUCUUCUUCAACAUAAUCAUCACAGCGUUUCCCCGUUGCUCAUAAAUGCGCAGGUUGUUCGCAACAUUUCGAGGCACAUUCAAGGCAUUCAUUGGCAAGAAACAGCUCAAAUUUUUAAAGUUAUUGUGGAGAAAUGGAGAAAUGAGGUUCGUGUGCGCGAUCGCUUGGUUGGAAUUUUAUCGGCUUCCGGUCUUCGCAUCGGUCUUCCAUCAUCAACAUCUCUUGUCUUUUCAAAAUCCGAGUUGGGAAGCAAUGCUUCUUCUACAGAGCGCGUUUGUGCAUCUUCUCAAGAAGUUGCUUCAACUAUGUCGCUUCCCGAUCCGUCGCAAUCUGGCAUUACGGGCUCCUUUCCAAGAGUAUUCAAAGAGUUUGACUUCUUGGAGGCUGAGCAUGAUAGCGUCUCGGAAACCGCUGACAGUUGCUUUGGAUGGUUGUCAACGAUGCGACCGACCAGGGAUAAGGACGAUAACCUGGAAGAUCGUAAUAGAGAGGAAGAAGAAGAGGAGGAGGAGCUUGAAGAUGAUGACGAACUCGAAUUGAAUGAAGAUCGCAGUGAAAGUGAUGAUUUGAGCAAGAGACUCAUUGACGAGGAGGAGAUUGAAGAGGAUGAGAAAACACCAUGUCCAUCGGAUGACGAUGAGGAAGAUGUGGACGAGCUAAGAACACGAGAGUCUGGAUAUAGUAGAUCAAGGGGAGAAAUUGGCGGUGAAGACGAUUUAAGGAGCAGAAUAUCGCAUAAUGUUGUAUCUACAUCUUCACAGAUGACCGAAAAUGAUCGUCUUGAAGAAGAAAACAACUCGGUUGACGGUUCUUCUGUUUGUGCGUACAGCAAUGCCUCGAUGAUGGCAUCGGAUUAUUAUCCAAAUCGACCAAGGACACUCAGAAUUCAAUGUGCUCAUCAUGUGGAUUUUAAGGUCGAACGGGAAUUUUCCGCAAUUGUGAAUGAACUUAAUGAAACGACGGACGGAAGUUUGACAGCGUAUGCGACGCUUUUGUCGACGCAAUUGUACAAGGCAUGUUGUCAAAAAGUAUGUGCGCUACUACGCGAUGCCUCCCACUUGGUUACAAAUCGUUCGCUAUCCCGAAGUUUUGGUGUAGCUCAGGAAGGAUUGUGUAAUGUCGUCGAUUUUCCUUUUCUUUUCGUUACCGAACAAUUUUUGCGGAAUACUUCUAUGUCGUCAAGACUGAAAUUAGCACUCAAUGAACUCAAAGAGCACUGGGAGACAUUUAGAGAACGACGGGAACAGUGUCAGAAGGCUAUAAAUGCGCUUCGUUCCGCUUACAAACUCUCUGCACUUGGAGGAUCGAGUUCAUCACUGAGCUGGACAAAUGAGCUGGACCUAGGCAAGCUACUGAAUAAACUCGUCUUCCAGGUGAUGCUCAUGAGCGAUUCAUUGAAAGACAUGACGGACUCUGUGAAAAACUCGACCGGCUCACAGACCUACUCCCUUUCUCCGGCCAUUCUCGAACAUCACCGGGAGCUUCUUAUGUGUGCAUCAGAAGACCAACGAGCAAGUAGAAUGGAUAUGAGUUGUACCAGUGAUUCUUGUGAUUCCCUUGUCCUGCUACUCGCCAACAAGCGAUACAAACAGGCAUUGAACUCGGUGCGAGCACUCAGGAAAACGUUUGGCGAAGAAUACGGAUGCUGCGAGACCGUCGAUAUUGAUGUGCUGCUACUUCUGUUUUGUCGUAGUCACUCUUUGAAAGCGUGGGCAUUGGUUGGAGCAUCAUCUGAGGAAAUAACGCGCCAAAGUGAGCUAUUGCGCGAAGUGAAUUCGGAAAUGGCAACAUGUGUUCGUCGUAGUCAGCAGCAGCAACUGCAAGCUCAAUCAAGUGCGACGACUUCAAUGGGCUCCGCAUCGAUGACCGACUCUUUUGCGCCCAUCUCUUUUGACUAA